UAAGCCAUCCCUCUCUGCAGGCUCCAUGCUACUAUUGUCUAACAGGAGAGCGGGCUAUUCCCAAAGUAAAGGUAGCCCACUAUCCGGACUUCGCCGCCGUGUGGGCGGGUGCAUACAAGCAGGGUAGGUGUGCGCGUGGAGCCCAAAUGAGCGGCAUUAUCAGCGCUAGUCCUCUUGUGUUUCACCCGCAGACGGCUUCGGCUUCUCGGCGGUCGGAUGCUGGAAGUCGUCGCCGAUAAGGGAGCACGUAGGGCUCGCAGAGAAGAAACAUAAGGAGACGGCACGCGGAAGGAAGUAAGGAAGCAAGGAUAAGGGAGCAUUUUAAUACCAAAUCGGGACACACGUGGAGCUAACGGCCCACUCCACCUCCCCCUUCUCCUCCUCCCUGCAUCUGUUGCCUCCGUCGCUUUCCCGUUACUAGUUACUCCGCGUGAGGAUACGGCGGGUCUCCUCUGCCGCUCCAGGGAUCCUCGCUCCCCGUUCCGAGAGACGACCAUGGAUCUCAGUAAAAUCGCUGUCAGCAUCAAUAAGGCUAUCAACACACAGGAGGUUGCUGUCAAAGAGAAGCAUGCCAGGACCUGCAUCUUGGGGACCCAUCAUGAGAAAGGCGCCCACACUUUCUGGGCGGCGGUCAACCGGCUUCCUCUCUCCAGCAACGCGGUGCUCUGCUGGAAGUUCUGCCACGUCUUCCACAAGCUGCUGCGAGACGGCCAUCCAAACGUCAUAAAGGACUCCAUGAGGAACAAGGCUGACCUAACCGAUAUGAGCAGGAUGUGGGGUCACCUGAGUGAAGGCUAUGGGAAGCUGUGCAGCAUCUACCUCAAACUGCUCAUCACCAAAAUGGAGUUCCACAUCAAAAACCCUCGUUUCCCUGGCAACCUGCAGAUGUCAAACAGACAGCUCGACGAGGCGGGAGAAAACGACGUGAACAACUUCUUCCAGUUGACAGUGGAGAUGUUUGACUACCUGGAAUGUCAGCUCAACCUCUUCCUGGGUGUGUUCAGCUCACUAGACAUGUCUCGGUCGGUGUCGGUGACGGCGGCGGGCCAGUGUCGCCUGGCCCCUCUCAUCCAAGUCAUCCUGGACAGCAGCCACCUGUACGACUACACCGUCAAGCUGCUGUUCAAGCUGCAUUCCUGCCUCCCCGCAGACACUCUCCAGGGCCACAGAGAUCGCUUCCAGGAGCAGUUUAAGAAGUUAAAGAGUCUGUUCUAUCGCUCCAGUAACUUGCAGUAUUUCAAGAGGCUGAUUCAGAUCCCACAGUUGCCUGAGAACCCGCCUAACUUCCUGCGUGCGUCGGCUCUGUCGGAGCACAUCAGCCCUGUGGUCGUGAUCCCCGCGGAGUCGUCGUCCCCCGAGUCGGAGCACAUGGUGGAGACGGACGACCUGGUGGACAUGGACGUCCCCGUGCUGCCGGCUGCUUUGGAGACCAAGUUUGACGACCUUUUUGGCACCUCGGCUGCCAUUGACCCGUUCAACUUCAACAGUCAGAACGGCUUGCGGAAGGACGACAAAGACCGUCUGAUUGAUCAGCUGACCAGGGAGAUCCAGGCCCUCAAAGACGAGCUGGAGUCUUUCAGACUGGAGAGUGGUCGCUUGUGUACAGCUCUAAGGGGGCGUGUCAAUGAGCUGGAGGCGGAGCUUGCGGAGCAGAGCCACCUGAGGCUGCAGGCUGCAGGAGAGAGCGAGUUCCUGAAGGCGGAGCUGGACGACCUGCGGAGGGUCCGAGAGGACACGGAGAAGGAGCAGCGGAGCCUGACGGAGAUAGAGAAAAAAGCUCAGGCCAAUGAGCAGCGCUACACCAAACUGAAGGAAAAGUACUCCGAGCUGGUUCAGAGUCAUGCCGACCUGCUGAGGAAGAACGCAGAGGUCACCCGGCAGAUGACGGUGGCUCGGGCAGCGCAAGACGAAGUGGAGGCAGUGAGGAGAGAGAUGCAAGAGAAGGUGAAGGCCGCUCAGGAGGUUGCAAACAGACAGGAGAGGGACCAGUUGGCGCACUUUCAGGAGCUGCAGAGAGAGCUGGUGUCCAGCAGGACAGAGCUGGACUCCCUGAAGACCACCAUGGCCUCGUCACAACAGUCGAGUGAGGUGCUCGGCACACAGCUGGUCGCCCUGGAGUCUGAAAAGGUGGAGCUGGUGCAGUCCUUGUCGAAGGUGGAAACGGAGCUGGCGGUCCGCGGGGAGGAGCUCGAGCGAGUCCAGAGCUCGUUGGCAAUUGAGAGGGAGAGCGGGGUGAAGACGGCAGAAGCCCUGCAGAAUCAGCUCAAUGAGAAGGAGAGCAGGGAGCAGGCGUUGGAGAGCCAGCUGGUUGCAUCCCGCUGGUCCAGUUUGCAGGGAGCUGUGGAGGAGGCCGAGAAGAUCAUCCAGGAUUCGUUGGCUCAGAUAAACGACCCGGCGCACCUCAGCUGCACCAGCUCCGCAGACUACCUAGCAUCGAGAUGUCAGGCCUCUUUAACCUGUAUGGACCGACUCCAUUCGGCCAAAGAGGCCUUCCUGGCUGAUAACACAGGUGUAUCUGAGCUGGUACGAGUGGUGACCCAGUGUGGCCACCUGGUGGGCGACACCAUCGUUCAGGGUAGUGCCACCUCCCACAUGGUGCCCGUGGAGCAAGCUGAUGCCCUGUCGGAGAGCGUGAAGGCGUGCGGGGCUGAAGCUCUGGUUCUGCUGGGCCAGAUGAAGCAGCAGAGCAGCCUGUCUGCAGCAGACAACGGCAAGCUGAGGGCAGCUCUGGAGGCCGUCCUGGCCACUGCAGAGAAACUCCGUCCUCGAGGUUUGGAGCUACAGCAGGGGGAGCUGGGAGAUCUGGUGGAGCAGGAAAUGGCCGCCACUUCCGCUGCUGUGGAGUCGGCGGCUGCCAGGAUAGAGGAAAUGCUCAACAAUUCUCGAGCAGUUGAUACAGGAGUCAAGAUGGAAGUCAAUGAGAGGAUUUUGGCCGCCUGCACAGAGCUGAUGCAGGCGAUCAAGCAGCUUGUUUUGUCUUCCAAAAAUCUGCAAAAGGACAUCGUGGAGAGUGGCAGGGGGGCAGCCUCCAUGAAGGAAUUUUAUGCCAAGAACUCCCGCUGGACUGAGGGCCUGAUCUCUGCCUCCAAAGCAGUGGGAUGGGGCGCCACGGUCAUGGUAGAUGCCGCUGAUCUGGUGGUGCAGGGCAAAGGGAAGUUUGAGGAGUUGAUGGUGUGUUCACGUGAAAUAGCUGCCAGCACAGCACAGCUAGUGGCUGCCUCGAAGGUAAAAGCAGACAAGGACAGCGCCAACCUGCAGCGCCUGCAGAAGGCGUCCCGGGCCGUCACACAGGCCACUGCAGGUGUCGUGGCCUCCACCAAGUCUGGGAAGUCCCAGAUUGAAGAGAAAGACACAAUGGACUUCUCCAGCAUGACUCUCACCCAGAUCAAACGACAAGAGAUGGACACACAGGUCCUGGUUCUGGAGCUGGAGACUCGCCUGCAGAAGGAGCGCGAGCGUCUCGGCGAGCUGAGGAAGAAACAUUACGAGCUGGCCGGAGCAGCAGAGGGCUGGGGCGACCAGGAAGAGGGUUGAAACCUGCCACUGCUGCCAAGAGCCCCUCCACCACCAGAAGACCGGCUUCUGUCUGCCUCUUUUAAUUUAUACACUUUUCACCCUCUUUCUUCCUUGUUUUCUGCCCUUUUGUUUGUUUAUCGAAGCCAAAUGAAAAGGUGCUUCUUUUCUAAACCUGCCCAUGUCCAAGGGUUCGGGGGUGGGGCGUUGAAGGGAGGAACCAAUAGAUGUGAGGAGUGGAAGGUGUGUGGGUGGGGUUGUGGUGUCCCACCUCUCCAUGCCAUGCCUCUCCUCCAGGACUGUGUUGGCGAAGAACGCUGUCAAAGUGAAGUGGACCCGUUCUACGGAGUAUUUAUUGUCUUUUUCUUUCCCGGUUUUUAACAACGGCGCUCCGUCGAGGAGUCACAAUGGAGACGCAAAGAGCACAAGUUCUACUCAAGACAUCCAAGGAUGUUCUUGCCCCUCCCCAUUCCCCAAAUAAUGUCUCGCUGUAACAUAGAUGAGCUGUCUUAAUCUCCCCCCUAGUUUCUUCCUAUUCUUUCCUCACUGAGUUAUCACCUUAUCAAGUCCAUACCGCUUCACUGCCUGGUUCACUGGACUUUCUGCCUUUCACCUCUCUACCAUUAACGACCGUGACUGUUUACUCGAGCCGACACGCUUUUUCUUUUAACAGACGCCUGCAUGGAAACUCUUAAAUCCGCUCCGAAAUCAGGAGUGCUUUAACAAAAGGAAAGUUGCACCGCUUCUUUCUCUUAACAGUGUUUUCUCCCCGUGAGCUUUGAGACCGCCAACUACCUCAUGCUACAUCCUCAGAGGUGGCGGUGCAUCGUGGGACGGACUGAUGAGAGUGAAAGUUGUUAAAGACAUGGGGUCAUAUUUUGUCAUUUCCCCUUUUUAUAUUGGUUAAAUGUAGGGAUAGAGGGAGGGAAACCUCCUCCCGCUGAAACAAUAGCAGUUUAAAUCUGUCGUUCGAUCAAGUUAUAGACCCUUAUUGGUGCAAAUGUCGGCCCCUUCAACGAAUCUGUCGCAGAAGCAGCCGCUCUGGAGGUGCAGUCGGGAUCCAGUCACAUGAUGAACUGCUAACGGUGUCGUCGACAGCACCCCAAGUCGUUCGCUCGAUUGCUUCCUGGAGACGUUGUGACGCGUCGAGGAUGAUAAACCGCUGAGGGUUUUUCAGAAGAAAGGACCGCCCUCUCAGCCAGAGGAAAUCUGCAGUAGCAAUAAACGGAAAAUCCGAAAAAAGUUUGAAAGUCCGACUCGACUUGUCAGGACGCUUAAAGCUGCACAACCCUGGUUUUCAUGAAAUGUUGCAUCACAUGAUCCUGCCUCUUCAAACACCCUGCAGGACUGCAGUUUUAUGAAUCACAUAAAUCACAAUGGACUCUGAGUGUGCAGCACAUGGUGACUGCAGUGUUUUCAAUAACUUCCUAAAGACCAAGUAGCUGUGUAUAUAAACUACAAGCCUUCUUUUGUUGGAAAUAAUCUUUUGCUUUCGUUUAAUCUAUAAGCAUUCAAUAGCAUUACUUUUCUUUUUUUUUUGCAUCUCUCCAAGUAAGGAUUCAGUUUAAUUGAAUUAGGAAUGGUGCACCCGCGAGCCACAGAAGGGGGAGGGUGUUAUUUAACGGAAGGUCCUACUGAGACUUUCGACCUGUUGCCGGUGGACUGAGCAGACUGAUCAUGCCUUUGUGCAAACCAUGAGAUGAGUAGGCAUCCGUUGGAUUUCUUCUUCUGGUCUGGUGGCGGCCUUGAUGAUUCUCUUGGAGUUUGUCUCUCUCUGUGUCUUAACACACUUUGUUUUGACGCUCUGCUUCAGCUGUGUAUCUAAAAAAGAAAGUUGUGACACUGGUUUAUUUAUGGACACUGGUCAAAUAGUAUUUGCCAAUAACUCUUAAAAACUAGUUCUAAACCACUUACAGAAGCAGAUUGGUGCAUCAAGAGAGCGAAAAGUGUGUUAUUCGUCAGACUUUGAAAAUCGUUUUUUGCAUUUGACACCACCCAACUGCUGCCCCAAGCAGGUUUAACAAACGGCAUGUAUUCAUUGCGUUGCUGUUGGAUCCAGGUCUCUGUAUUUAAUAAUGAUUUUAGUUGUGUUCUGUCACUUCUUCCACACCUGGGUAGCUGAUUUCAUUAGAAAUUGGAAUAUAAAACGUCACAUUUUAUACGGUAUUACAAGUGUUUAGAAGGAUGAAUUGAAUGCACCUUGAGGGUUGUGUGGUUGUAUUUCUGCCCAAAUAUUCUUUGUUAAUCUCUCUCUCUCUUUCUCUCUCUCUCUCCUCUCGUGGGUUUGUGUCUGUAGUACCAGCUCAGCCAGCCUUUCAAACUGCCUCACACUGUAGUCAAAGAGAAACAAAUACUCACAUAGCAACAUUGAAAUAUGUCUUUGUAUGAUAUACUAAAACUAUGUUGUUGGGUUUGUUUUUAUUUUUUCAGUUUUUAAAAUAAAUAUUUCAACUCUAA